GCGGCUUGCCGCAGCAGUUCGGCCUUCGUGUUGCUAGGCGCGAGGGCCACUGUCAGUGCCAAGGCAGCCAGGAUGGUUGUCUUCCGCGCGUUCUUUUUUGCACUGCCACACUCUCCGGCAACUUUUCUUCGGCUUUUCGCCAAUUAAGAUAUCAUCAGUAGUGCCACCAAGUUUUACAAGUGUUCACUUUUAACUGGCAAUGUCUUACAAAUAAAAUAAAUAAGUUUCCAUAAUAGUUAUUUGAAUAGUUAAAAAAUUGUUUUUCAAUAAACUCGCAGUUUUCAAUGGCUUAUGCGUAGAUCCGGCAGCGCUGCUGUUCUUCUUCCGCCGUUCUCUUUCUCAUGCUCUCGCUCCAUCUUUUUUUCCCGUGCGUGCGUCGUUAGCCAAAUUGCGUCUUUCUGAAUCCUCGUAACAUCGACAAAAGUGUUAGUCGAGCCAACAACAUCAACCAAGAUGGAUCGAUCAUUGAUGCAGGUCACUACCGUAACAUAUGGUCGAUCUUGGAGCAGUUCUAUGCCAAACAAUCUGGUGUUUAGUAAUCAGAGAUGGCUUUGAGUUUCUUCUAUGACAAUUCUACUAGAAAUUCAACCUCAAUUAGAUGGAAAAAAAACUCAGUCGUUUACACUGCGAAUCAGAAUCAUUCAAGAUGGACCUUAUACUUGAUAUUAACAGCUGGUUAUACCCAAUGGAACUUGGCGAUAAAUUCCGGCUGGUACUUGCGACCACCUUAAGAGAAGAUGGUUACCCUGAUGGAGGUGAUUGGAAUGCAAUUGAACAAGAAGGUGGAUCGAGAGCGGACAGCUUUGAAUACGUAAUGUACGGCAAGGUCUAUCGUAUCGAAGGAGAUGAAGCAAACAAUGAACCAAGCAGUAGAUUAUCUGCUUAUGUAUCCUUUGGUGGACUUUUGAUGAGACUACAAGGUGAUGCCAACAAUCUUCAUGGUUUCGAGAUCGACCAAAACAUGUACCUGCUCAUGAAGAGACUUGCAUUUUAAUUUUUAUCUGAAGUAUUUCAAUGAGGUGGAAAAAACCAGAGGCAACGUCUCAUCUUUGUCAUAAAGAUUAGGAUAAAAUAUGCGAAAGAGAUGUAGGAAAAAAUGUAUGAUAAAUAAAAAAAAAAAGAGAACAAAGACAUCGUUGUGAUACUACUUUAUAAAUCGAUAUAUCACGUCAUAUUGCGUGCAGCGUUGAAGCGUAAAAUUUUCCAUGUUUGUAUUUAACGAUACUUAAAUUCUUCAUAUUAAGUAGAAUUUAGUAACCGCUGUACGUAAAUUAACAAUGUCUAUUAUUAUUGUAAGCAUUUGACGAAUCAACUGCCAAAUGUAUUAACCAAUCAAAUGACUGAAUUAUGUAUAAAGUAUAUUUCAUAAUAAUUUUGCAAUAUAAAUUAUUAAAAAUAAAAUAAAUUUUUUAUUGAAAUGCA